AUGGGAAACGCAAUAUACUCAGAAAGCAGCUCUUCGUGCUCCUCUCGUCAGCAUAGUGAACAAAAAAGUGGUAGUGAAAAGGCCAAGCGUGCGGGCAGUGAAAAUGUGAACAAGAAACACGAAUCAGGCGGUACGUCCCAUGGAAAGCCCCCCAAAUGUCGCGAAAAUAAAAAAAAAGAUCUGGAAUUUUUGAAGACGAAAAAUAGAGCAAAGAGAUACAAACCGAGUAAAUGUCUACUACGUAAUUGUACCUUUUCAGUAAAUUACAAAAUUAACAAUACAUUUGUCCCCCUCAUAUUGGAACUAAAAAAUGAACCUCAGUGUAAGAUAGUAAUUGUGGGGGAACGCAGAAACACCAUUGUUAAGGAAAUAUUAAUUAAGGAUAUCCAAGUUAUUGAAAGCUCCAUAAACACCAUAGACAUUUUUUUAAAAGUAAAUGACGAAUAUACGGAAGAUAAUAAAUUCACUUUAUGCAGCUUUGAGCUGAAAAAUAAUGAGGAAAAGGCUGCCUUCAUUCAUAACAUAAAAAUGUUAUACGGAUUGGACGUAGUGGAAUAUGGGACAUUAAAAUAUAACAAAAUAAAUACGGAAGAAAUUGAGGAAAAAUAUGUCUACGAUAAUAAUAUACUGAGCAAAGAAAACAAAAGUAACAUUCAAUCGCUGCUAGACGAUAUUAAUAAUAAUCUGUACAGAAAUAGGGACCUUUUCGAAGAAGGUCUUAUCUUAGAGCAGAAAAAACUGAACCAGUUGGAAAAGGAAACAUUACAUUUGGGAGAAGUACAUAACCCGAUAAUAAUCUUGGGAGAUAUGCAAGACGGAGAUGUUAUAAAAGUGAGAGAAUUAAAUCCGAUGCAACAAGGAGAUGUUAAAAAAAAGGAAAAUCUAUGUUACGAUGAUUUUACCCUUAUUGAAUGGUUUCUCUCGAAAAAUGUGGGAUCCCACACCCACUUUAGAGAGCACCCAAUCCAUUGUGGGAACCAUUUUUUGAUCAAGUCUUACAUGAUAGGUUAUUUUGUCAAAGUUAAGGUUUCCAAAAAUGUAUACAUUAAUGGGAAAAAAACCUUCGUCACUUCUGUUAGUGUAAAAGGGCCAAUCACAAUGAAUGACAAAACCGCAAAACAGGUGCUAAAGCAUUUGUCCAACGUGAACGAAUCGGUAGAAGUGUAUCUUGCACCCUCCGAUAUUUAUAAUAUUUUUUUUUCUAUCAUGGAACCGAGGAUUAAGAAGCUACUGGGUUUAUUUAUCUUUUACCCUGCUCACCUUUUCAUCAUGCGGAAGGGUCUGCGAUUCGCUAUUACGCUCAACGGGGAAAGUUACUCCGCCGAUUAUUUGUGGGACUCCUUCUACUUAACUAAAAAGGACAUUUUGUUCGAUAAGCCCGAGGAUUUUGUUCCCACGUAUAUGGACACCUCUGACAUUCACUUGUAUUUCAUAACGACCAGCCUUCAAGGGGAAAGGAUAAAAUCCGUAAUACGAACUAACUCGAGCGACGAAAAAGACGUCAUCUACGCGACUGUUUUUUUUUGCAAGUAUCAAAAGGGGCUGCGGUCGUUAGACGAAUUCAUGCGUGAUUCCCUCGCAGGGUUAUACAACAAUUUUAAAAAAAAUUUCCAGGACAUGUUCGUGCAGCUAAAAGGGGAGAACUUACAACAAAUCCGGUUGGUCAGCGUGUACAAAUAG